AUGCCCCGCCAAACCAGCCCUCCACGAAACCACCCGUCCGCCACCGAGAGACUUAAUGUCCUCCGCAAGAACAUCCGGAAGGAGCAGGACCUCGGCCGCUGCAUCGUCGUCGACCGUGCCGUCGCCCAAUUCUGGCCCGGGCUGUUCUUGAGUCCCUUCGGGGAGGUCGACAAGGGCAACGGUGAACCCGACGUAGCCGGCCGGGUCAUCCACGACCUAUCCUUCCCAGAGGGGGCGUCCGUCAACGAUCACACCGAUGUCGAGUCAGUGCCAACCGCCGAGUACAAGCACUGCACAGCCAUCGCUCGGGAGAUUCUCGCCCAGAAAGAACGCUUUCCCGGGCGCAGCAUCAACAUUCUACUAGGGGAUGUGGCAACCGCCUUCCGUAACCUUGGCACCUGGACAGGAUCACCGGGAUUCUGCGGAGUCAUCGGCGAUGCGAUCGCCCACAUCCACGGCACAACCUCAAACGCGUAUUACCCAGACGGGUUUUUCAACUAUCACUGGGUCGAUGACCACGUCUGCAUUGCUGCAGACGUCGGGAAACAAGAUGAUGGAGAUGCGGUCAAAUGGUGGGCCGAUAUGGAUCAUCGGACGCCAGAACGGAAGAGAACGUGGACCAACUUGAAGAAGGCCCUGUUGAGGCGCUACGGCGAGAAGCUGGAUAAGUCUGCGGCGGAGUGGCGAGUCAGUAUGCGGCGCAUGAUGCCUGGUGAGACGCAUGCAUACUUUACGGCUAGUCUACGAGACGUGGUGGGCAGGAAUAAGGUCAGCGAGAGAGUGUUGUUGGCGCAAUUCUACAGAUGUCUGGAUAAGCCGACCAAGAAGUUGGUCAAGCAGCGCCCGAAACCGAGGACGCUGGAUGAAGCGGUCGACAAGGCGACGGAUGAGGCGAGGCGGGCUUCAGGAUCUUCGGACUUGGUCCAGCCUGGAUGCACCUUGAUCAUCCUGAUUCAGGGCGCUGAGUGCAUAUCCAGGCUGUUCCCACCACUUGGAUUCUGGAUCCAGCUAGAAUCAGGCUGUCAACGUGGGGCUCGGGCUGAAAUCUGGAGUCGCAUCGUGUCACGGAGUUCGACGAUCCAAUGGAUAACGCCGCGCAAGGGAAUGAUCAAUAUCGGCCAGGCAUGGGCGACAACGCUGAGCCGAUACGUGACCCCAAUGAGCGGUGCGAUGGGCGACACGAACAUGAUUCCGGGCAUCAGCGGGACCGGAUUGCCCACGGAGAUGGUUGGUAGCGGCAGUGACGCGAUGCUGCGGUCGGAGGUCGAGUAG